AGCACUGCCCGUCUCAAGAGCAGGGGGAAACUGAGGCAGGGACCUCCCCGCAGACGCCAUUUGCAGGACAACAAAAGGCAGUGAGGUUCCCACAAAACCCCGGGCAGCAACAACCGAGCAUUCUCGGCUGCCAUCUACUGAAAGCGUGACUAUGAAGGGUUUCUGUGUUCUUUGCUGUUGCCUGCAGAAUCUCGAAGCUCUGCUUUUGCCUUGAGAGCCUUCAAUGUGGAACUGGCUCAGGCAGGUGGCCAGAAACUGCCCGUGCACCCAGGAAAGAUGGAUCCAGGAAAUGUGAUGGCCAAGCCAAAUCUCAGAUUAAAGACUCUGUAACUCAGAAGACUACAGGUUUGAUGCGAAUGCAGUUCUGGAGGGAGGCUGUGGAAGCUAUGUACUGCGAUAACCCACCACAUCAUCCAGUUGCUACAGAACUGUGGAGGGCUGUCAAGAGGCAUAACUUGACUAAAAUGUGGUUCAUGAAAAUCAUUGAUGAAAGGGAGAAGAAUUUGGAUGAUAAAGCAUACCGUAACAUCCAAGAGCUUGAAACAUAUGCUGAGAACACUCAGAGUGCUCUCUUGUACCUCACCUUGGAAAUGCUAGGUGUGAAGGACAUCCAUGCUGACCAUGCAGCCAGUCACAUUGGGAAAGCACAAGGCAUAGUCACCUGCUUAAGAGCAACUCCAUACCAUAGUAGAAGACAAAAGGUCUUUCUUCCUAUGGACAUUUGUAUGUUGCAUGGAGUUUCACAAGAGGAUAUCAUAAGAGGCAAGCAAGAGAAAAAUGUGAGAGAUGUAAUUUAUGACAUUGCCAGCCAGGCUCAUAUUCAUCUAGAACAUGCUAGAUCUUUCAGUAAGAAAGUUCCUGUGAAGGCAUACCCUGCUUUUUUCUGUACGGUUGCUUUAGAUGAUUAUUUAUGUAAAGUACAAAAAGCGGACUUCAAUAUAUUUCACCCAAGCUUACAAAGGAAGAGUACAUUAUUACCAUUGCAUUUAUAUAUCAAAUCUUGGAAAAAAACAUAUUAAAGUUUUUAAAGUAUGGUUUCA